AUGACGAAGAGCUGCUAUGAAUGCGCAGAGAAGAACCCCGCCCACAGCCUGUGUACGCGCUGCAACAAGUGGUUGUGCAGCACAUGCGCUGAACAGCACCGACACAGCAAGGGGAGCGGAGAGCAUUAUCUGCCGCCUUUCUGUUUGUGCUCCGCAGGGACCGACGGCAGCUCCGGUAACGUCUUGUAUUGCCCCCUUCACACUCAGGAGACGCUGAAGUUAUUCUGCGAGUCAUGUGACAGUCUGAUCUGCCGCCAUUGCCUCGUCCUGGAGCACAAGGAUCACAGGUUCCGGAGGCUGGAGGAGGCUCUGCAGAAUCAGCGGGUUCUGCUGGAAAAUGUAAUCACACAAGUGGAGGAGAAGAAAAUUGUCGUGCAAGCAGCCGGGAAACAGAUAGAGGACCGGCUGUAUGAAAUGAAACACAUGCACCGGAAGGUGGAGAACCAGAUCAAAAUGACCAAGAUGGUGAUUAUUAAUGAGCUGAGCAAGAGGAUGAACUCACUGCUGGAGCAGCUGGAGAAAAUCACCAACGAGAAGCAGCAGAAGUUUGAGCAGCAUUUGCAGUCGGUGCUGGUACUGAACCGUCAGCUGGAUCACGUACAGAACUUCAUCAACUGGGCCAUGUACAGCAAGAACAGCGUCCCCUUCCUGUUCAGCAAGGAGCUGAUUGUGUUCCAAAUGCAGCACCUCCUGGAGACCAGCUGUGGGGGCGAUUUUGGACGCCCACUAAAGAUGAAAUUCAGCUGGGAGCCGUCCUUCUGGACCAAACAAAUAUCCAACUUAGGUUGUAUACUGACUGAUCCUGCGCACAUUUCUCCCUCUGACGCCCCCAGUUAUGCACCAGUGGAAGACCUACAGCCAUCGUACUAUCAAGGUCACCACCAACCCGGCACCCCCCACCUGACUUCCAUUUCUAGCACCCAGAACUUCACCCCUACUGUCCAGUGCCCCACCCCGGUCUGCUGUGCUCACUGCCACACCUUGCCAUCCGUCACCAAGAGCCAACCGGUCAACAGCACCGUCAGCCACCACGUCAACUUCACCCAUUCCACCACCAUCAAGCAGCAGGCAGUGCAGCCCCUACAGUACAGUGCGACCAAGGAGCAGAAAUGUCUCUCCCGCCCCCUGAGGGUCAUCCAGCCAUGGCUGUCCCAGCAGCCACAAAGUGAACACGACAGCUCAUCUUACUGGUCAGAGAGCCAGCAGCAGAGAGCGGCCGCUGUCCAGCCCACCGUACAGACUGUGGCCCCUAUCUGCGCCGUGACAACUCAGGAUUUCAGCCAAGUGCACACGACCAUCCCGCUGACAACGGCGGCCUCCCUGCAGGCCCCAUCAGUGCAGAUGCAACUUGGCCCAGUGCACAGUGUCAGUCAUGUGCAGCAGCAGCAGCGACAGCAGGGCCAGGCCCAGACAGCACUGGGCCCAUCUGACCCUGGCCACGAGCAGGUCAUGCACCACAGCUUGGACCUCAUUAACCAGCAGUUUGAGCUGGAGCAAAUGCAGAAGGGCCUGGAGCUUCUACUGCAGAGCCAGCCGUCCAAUGUGCAGCUCAACCAGAGCAAACAGCCCCAGCACGUCCAACAAACCAUCGUAGGCCAAAUCAACUACAUUGUGCGUCAGCCAGCUCCGGUGCCCCUACAGAGUCAGGAGGACGUGGCGCCGGUCUGUGAUGACCCCAUAUCUCCUGGAGGCCACACGGUCGAUCUGUCCCCCGUCACCAGCCAUUCUCCUGGUAUCUCCCAAACCCAGUCUAUAGCAGACGAGAUCAUUGCUGCAGUGGAGAAUGAUGCGUGUCGGCGGAAUCAGCUUAACGCCAGUCCCGCCAGGAAGCGCUCAGCCUCGGAAAGUUUCUCCAAUUCCCCUGAGCCGGGGUUAUCGUCGCCCCGCCUGUCGCGCUCGGCGGACCCCCAGAUGCAGCCAGUGCCAUGCCAGUUUUUCGUCCAGCCAGCUGACAGAUGUUACAGCGCAGAAGCAGAACCAGAGAGAAUCUCUGCUUUCGGACAAGUGGAAGCAGCUGUGAGCGAGAGCAUGCACUUAGAACCCAACGAUCACCUAGCAACAGGGGGCGCUCUCCUGGGAAAUGCUAUAUGUAAGAUUGAGAAUGAGAAUUUCAGCUGCGGUGAGCCUCCAGCUGAGCCCCCUUUGGCUAAUGACAACACAUCCUCCCUGAAUGACAUUGUCCUGCCACUGGAAAAUAUGUUCGAGGAGCCCAUAAAUCUGUCUCUUAAGAAAUGUUUUCCAAGGGAACACCCGCCAGCUCCCAGGAAAAUCGUCACUCCUCCCCAGCCUGUUAUCAAGGAGAUCAAAAACGAGGCCGAUUCUGAAAACCAUUUCAAGCCGCGGUAUCCCGAGGACAGGAGGACCCAACAGGAAGCUCCCAGGCCAGAACCCAAAGAAACCAAAAUCCCGUAUGUGCGCCUGGAACGCCUGAAGAUCUGUCCCCAGGAUUCAGGAGAGCUCCCCGUCUUCAAGUUGCAGCCGAAGAAGAAGAAGAAGGAUGAAGAUGGCUCGGUGCACUUACUGGUUAAAUAUGGAGCCAGAUCUAGGAGCAUGUCCAUAAAGGUGAACACAGAUAACACGUCCUCAUCCUCGGCCUACAGCGAGCCCCCGCAGCAAGCCCCAAUAGCAUACACUACGAACUCCCGUCCCACGCCGAACCCUGUGCCCCCACCACCCCCACCCAAGCCCCACGUCUUCCCACGGAUACACUCCUACACGGGUGGGACGGGUCAGGAGAUCCGACAUAUGGUGGCACCUGAGGCCAUGGAAGAGCAGAGCCAGGCCGGUAAAACCAUCCCGGGGCCGCUGCCUAUGAAGAAGUCGGAGGGCCGCGGCCACAUUGAGAACGAAGAUUUCUGCGCGGUUUGCCUGAACGGAGGGGAGAUGCUCUGCUGUGACAACUGUCCGAAGGUCUACCACCUGUCCUGCCACGUCCCAGCUCUGCUCAGCUUCCCAGUCGGGGAAUGGGUCUGCACGCUGUGCCGCAACAUGAGCAAGCCGGAGGUGGAAUAUGACUGUGAUAACGUUCGGUAUAGCCGCGACAAUAAAAUAGAGGAGGGGAUGUUACCGCACCUUGACGCCUGCAAUCAGAGGAAGUGUGAGAAGUUGGUUCUCUCUCUGUAUUGUAACAGUCUGAGUGUCCCCUUCCAGGAGCCCGUCAGCCCCCUGGCACGUCACUAUUACCAGAUUAUCAAAAGGCCGAUGGACCUGUCAAUCAUCCGGAAGAAGCUGCAGAAGAGGAACAUCCCCCAUUACUCCACCCCCGAGGAACUGGUGUCCGACAUCCGGCUCAUGUUUUGGAACUGCGCUAAGUUUAACUAUGAGGACUCGGAGGUGGCCGAAGCCGGAAGGAACCUGGAAGUGGUCUUCGAGGACUUGCUGAAAGAGGCUUAUCCUGGCCGCAUCUUUCCCUUUCCUCAGGAAGAAGACUCGGAAUCCGAGGAAAUCGGGCCUGAGAACUGUCACAUGAAAGGCUUUCACUGGCCGCCCUAUGGACAAGAGUGCGUACAGCCCAAAAGGAGGAGGCGCCACACUAUCAGUCAGAAAGCUAAAGAAUUCAACUUGUGUUAA